GUUCCCAACCCCAACAGUUUGGAGUCGCGAAGGUGGAGGUCCGGUAUACGUAUAGAAUGCAAGAACCGUUAUCACCAGUUUUCGUUGAAGUAUUCGGUUACCGAAAUUCGAGAAUUCAGUAAUUACGUAUAGCUCAGUCGGAAAUGGAGGAGGAUCAAGAGCACAAGUAUUUAAACAAUGUUCUUCUAUUUCGGCUCGCCAUUUCAAAUCAUCUCAAAAACAUCGCGGAGUCUGUAAGUACAGGCGAGUUUCUUGACAUUCUCACCCUGUUAAAAUCGAAACCAAACGUUGCCCAAAAAUUGCACGAAGCCAUGAUCAAGGAACUUCACGAUUCCAUGAUCGAAGAUUUGAAAAACGUAUUGGAGGAAGGUAAUUUGCGGGAGUUGUUGGAAAAAGUUGCUAUGUUGUCCGAUGCAAAUUCGUCCGUACACGAGGACGCUUGGAGACCGCCAGGGAAUGUAACUUUGCAUUUACGAUCUUUGGACGCGAAGGAGAUCCAAGAUGCGAGCGAUCAAUUAGCGAAACAAGUAAAUGAAAUCGAAGAGGAAAAUACACGUUUAAUGGAGAUUGUUGCGAAAAAGAGAUUGAAAAUAUUUGCUCUACGCGACAGUAUAACACAGUCUUUAAAUAGUUCACCAAUUACGAUAAUGUUAUUACAAAACAGACUAGAACAGUUAGAGAAGUGUAUAAAGAUGCUAGACCAUAAAUAAGAUAUACUAUAUAAAAAUUGUGACUGUUUAUAAGAAGACGGAAUAUAUUUAAAUAUUCAAAAUACUUUGUAC